AUGUCUGUUUCCAAUAAAGAUCUUGCUUCCUUGAUCAUUGACUUUGUUCAAGGCGCCGUUAACUCCAAGGCGGUGGCCGAAGACUACCUUGAAUCAAUGGACGUGGUCAUCUCUUGUCUUUCUGAUGCUUUUGAAAUUGAUGCCGAUGAAGCCAGUGGCGUUGUCUCUUCCAAAUUCCAAGGGAAAAACUUGCAACAAUUAGUGCAAUCCGCAUUAUCUUCUGGUGCCUCGUCAUCAUCAUCAUCAUCAUCAUCUAAAGAAGACUCUUCCGUGCCGGUGAAUAUUUCUGCUGACGAAACUGAAAGAAAGGCCAAGGCCGAAGCUCUCAAGGCCGAAGGUAAUAAGGUCAUGGCUGCCCAAGACUUUGAAGCGGCGAUUGCCAAAUAUACUCAAGCCAUUGAAGUUUUGGACACCAACGCGGUUUAUUAUUCUAACAGAGCCGCUGCGUACUCUUCUGUCGGCAAGCACAAUUUGGCGAUCAAGGACGCCAACAAGGCCAUUGAAUUGGACCCACAAUACGCCAGAGCCUAUUCUAGAUUGGGGCUUGCAAACUACGCUUUAGGCGAUGUCAAGGCGGCGUUACAAGCUUACGAAAAAGGGCUUGAAAUCGAGGGUGAUAAGCCAUCUCCUGGGAUGAAGAAAGGGUUUGAAACCGCUAAAAAGAGAGUUAUCGAAGAAGAAGCUGCCGCUGCCGGUUCCGGUUCCGUCGAUAAUGCUUCUGCCACGAGAUCUCAACCUUCUGGAGGUAUGCCAGAUUUGGGAGGAUUGGCCUCGAUGUUGGGAGGUGGUGCUGGUGGUGGAAUGCCAGAUUUAGGGGGAUUGAUGAGCAACCCACAAGUGAUGCAAGCUGCUCAACAAAUGAUGCAAAACCCUGAUGCCAUGGCCAACCUUAUGAACAACCCAAUGUUGCAACAAAUGGCUUCAAGCUUUGGUCUUGGGGGUGGUGCCGGGGCUCGUUCUGGUGCUUCUGAAGAAUCUGGCGCCAGUGGUUCUGGUGGUCAACCAAGUAUGGAUGAUUUGAUGAACAACCCAAUGUUGAGAAAUUUGGCUGAUAGCUUCAUGAACAACAGAAACUCCGGGAACGGGGGUAACUAG